AUGUCGAACAAAGAGGAAUACAAGCCUCCUGACGGUCCUCCGCCGCCGCCUGCCAUCUCGUCUCCUCCUCCGGUCCACCACGAUGCAGGGCCGUACAACGGGGAGCGAGGGAUGAUCCCGAGCGACCAGAACUACGGCCCGCCGCAGAAUUACAAUUACAACUACGCCGACAACAGAGGCUAUGACUAUCCUCCCCCUCAGCAAGGAGGCUGGAAUCCACAGCAGGGUCCAUAUCCGCAACAAGGACCACCCCCGGGCGGGUACUACGGACCACCACAGCAGGGGAUGUACUACGGACAACCCCCGCCGCAGGUGACGUACAUCGAUAGACGCAGUGAUGCCGAUGGAUGUUGCGCUGCUUUCCUCGCGGCUUUUGCGUGUUGUUGUUGUCUGGAUAUCUUGUUCUAA